AUGGUGCCGCUGACCCCGUCGGGGCUCAUGCAUGGCACUCGAGUGCAGCUGCUGCCCGAUGGCCACGAGAAGAAGGCGGUCUCCGUGCGCCCCGCCGAAGCAAAGCAACAGGGGCUCACCGUGGGGGUCGACAACCAGGUGAACUACCGAGGCGAAGAUCGCAGUGAGCUCUGUGCGGCGGACGUCCUGGACAUCGGCUUUCUCAUCGGGAUCCUCGACGGUCAUUGCGGCGGCCAAUGCGCUUCCCACGUGGCCAAUGGCUUUCCGAAGAUUCUCCACGACGUCUAUGGCUUCGAGGUGAACCAAACACGAGGCGUGGACACUUUGAGCUGCGCCCGCGAGACCGAGCUCCUGCGCGACGUGCUGCGCAGCUCCUGUCGCGCCGCAGAGCGCGACCUGAUGUUGACUGCUUCGAAGGGUCACUGGACCGAUGGGACUUCAGCCAUGUUUGCCCUGCUGGCUCAUGGCUUCGACGAAGAGGGUGCGCCAGUGACGGUGCCGGGCACCAAGGGCGUGGCCAAGGUCUUCUUAGCCUGGUGUGGUGACACUCGUGCUUUGCUGCUGCAUGGGCGGAAGGUGGUGCCCUUGUCGGAGGACCAUGUGCCCAAGAGGAAAGACGAGUACAACCGGGUGAAGGCAGCAGGUGGCAAAGUCCUGGACUUCGACGGGAAACUGAAGGUGGGACGAAGAGACAAAUACAAGGAGAAGAAGUCCUCAGGCGCCUACAAAGAUCUCGUUUGGUUGGAGACCACGCGGUCCUUUGGUGACAUCCGCUUGAAGGCGCCUCACAACAUUGUCAUUUGUGAGCCCGACGUCUUGGUGAGGAACCUCGCUCCCGAAGACUGGGCCUUGGUCUUGGUCUCCAGCAAGGUCACCGCCAAGAUGAGCAACCAGGACAUCGCGGAGGUCUGCAAGGAGUACUUCUCACAAGGCAAAGAUGCAGUCGCUGCGAGUCAAGCGCUGACGACCGCGGCACGAAAACGCGGUGCCACAGGGAACUUGACCACGGUGGUGAUGCGCUUUGGUUGGCCACCUGGGUGCAACGGAGAUGACACGGGGAAAGUCGGAUGGAGGGAGGGCUCCGGGGCUGCUUGCUUGGGGGAGUUGUUCGAGUUUUUGGGUGUGUGCUUGGGUGUUGGGGUGUUGGAAUGUGAUUCUUAUAGAUCUUAUAGCUUGUUAUGUUCUUAUAGAUCCACCAAGCACAGGGGCACAAUAAGUCGGUGA